UGUGAUGGGGUAGCAGGGACUGUAAAGAGAUUAGCAAGACUUGCCAGCCUCAAGCGACCUUAUGAAAAUCAUAUUUUGACAUCAAAACAGUUGUUUGAGUGGUUUGAGGAAAAUAUUCCUUCAUGUGUCGUCCAUUAUACAUCAGUUUCCCAUCAUGAAGAUAAGGCCAAGAUGGAGGGCCCAGAGGAUGAGCUAGAUGAAUUAGCAGCUAAAAUAGUUUUUGAGCAACUGCCGGAACCUGUGGAAAAGAAGAAAAACACUUUUGAUGAGGCACGAAAGAGACUAAUUGAUGCAGCUAAUUGUGUUUUUGGGUCGUUGAAUUGGAAUCAUGCUGUUCUGACUCAAAAUGUUGAUUAUGUAGAUUCCAAUGAAGGAGUGUUUUCAGUUGGAAUAUCAUCAGUUGUCAAAGUAGAAUUAAAAGAUGGCACUUACCAUCAGGAAAUCGGCUAUGGAAUAUCUGAGGGUCUCACAAGUAAAAUACGAAGUAUGUCACAUGCAAGGGAGGAUUCUGUGUUAAGGGGCAUAAGAUCAGCUUUACUCAGUUUCGGCGGAAAGAUGUCAGAAAUUCUGAUGAAUUCUGAUUUUUAUCCUUCUGAAACAAGGAAUUGUGAUGGCAAUUCCCAGAAUGUAGGAAUAACUCCAGAAAAGAAACCACUGGCACAACUUUUUCCCAACAAUCAAGAAUGUACACCUUCCAUGUCAGUGAAAACAACAAAGAAGCCUAGUACCACCUGCACGUCACCAGUGUUACAUAGUGUGAACAAGAAUUGCAUGUCUGAUGAAGAAAGUCGACUUGAAAGGAAGCGGAGACAGCAACAGAAACAAGAACAGUUCCGUCAACAGUUCAAACAACAGAAAUUAAUACAAAACUCAUCAGCUAAAAAUACUCCACAGAAGACAUCAAACAGCAUAGCAGACAAAGGGAAUACAUGUGAGUGGCCAAUUGCCAUUGAAACUCCACUUGCAGAGGAAGAAUUCUUAUCAACUCAAGAAGUAGAGCAAAUGGUUCAGACAAAAACUGUACCUCUACUGGCUGUGUCAGCUGACAUGAGGUCACCAAAAAGAUUUUCUCCUCUGAGACCAGACAGCUUCAUUCCAAAGAAGCCACAGCAAAACACCAAUUGAUCUAUUUAAACAUCGUAAAAUGUGUAAAAAUAUCAAAUGUUUUAAUGUUUUUUAACUUUUCUAAGCUUAUAAUUGUAUGCAUCUCAAGUAACACCAAAAGGAACUAUUACCUCUAAAAGAGAUUGGUAGAAGCUUUGUAAUUAAAAACAAGACUAAUCGUUAGAAACCACUUUCGAAAGUUUUGCGUAUGUAUAUGAAAUGGAAUUGGAGUACCGAUUUUAAAAACAAUUAUGACAGUGAUAUGUAAGGUUUGAUAGCUGUUUUAAUAAACAGUACUUAAUUCCAAAUGUUUUAAUCUUGCACUUGAAAGAGGCAUGGAGUGCAUAAACUUCAUGGACUUUCAUCAGUUUUUGCUAUUACUCAUUCGUAGUGGGUCAUGUAUUUCUACACACUGUGAUGCUUCUUUUCAGCGUGCUAUUGCUAUGAUUACUGAAAGGAGUAUAAAUGCUAUCCCUUUUUCAGUCAUUUAAACUGUGCUUAGACAUUCAGCUAUAAUGUAUCCUUCAGAAAAAUAAUGGAAAAAAGACAGUUGUAGGGAAAAUGUUUUAACUACAAUGAUCACACUUUUCAGAAGCAUGCAUAAAGCAUUGGACAAGAACCAACAAGAAGCGUUAGGUGCAAAAAUUCAAGAAAUGUUUCACCCCAAAAACAAACGCACACACACACACACACACACACACACACACACACACACACACACA